AUGAGUGAUGAAAAUGAACAACGCAAAGAGGAGCUCAUCCAAGAAAUGAAUGAGUACAAAAACAACAGCAAGAAGUUCCCAGAUUUCCUGAGAAGUUACGUAAAGGAAAAUAUAUCUGAUCAGCAGCUAGCAGAAAGAUUUUUAAAAGAAUUCGAUGAUUCCUACUUAAAGAUUAUGAAUCUUGAUGAACUGGAGCUUCUUUGCUCGUUUAUCCUGAAGAAGAGAAACAUCCAAGUGAAGUAG